GGAAGGUCGGUUGGGUGGAAGGAUGCAAAGGCACAAAAAAACAGAAAGGGUGGCAGGGAAAUUAAGAUUGGAGUCGGGACUUGAAAUGAUGACUCAUGUAAUUGACUGCUGAUGACUACGCUACAAACAUUCUGACAGACACAAAAACACACACUCUUCCUCACGACAACCAUCACAGACAGCCAGACAGGACAAGACUGAGACAAAUGUACCUGAAAAGAUCAUUGCCGCCGUCUUCGUUCUCGAAAACCUAGAAAUAUUCUUCUCGUGCUGGCCAUCGGGGGAAUACAGAGCUUUGAUGGUGGUGUAGGACUGUGUAAUGGAAGCCACCUGCCCCCAUAACUCUCUUUCUCGCCUCGGAUCUCCGCCGACAGUAACGGUGCUGUCCACUAUGCAUUUGCACUAAAUACAGUGAAAGUGAACUGGUAAGAAGAGAAGAAAUGAGAAGAAAAUCGCUGGUUGCCUUCUCGGCAGUACUGUUCUGUCUGUGCCGCGCGACAAUCGUCUCCAACCGGACGCGCGGCGGCCGCGACUCGCAAACUUCAUCCACAUCAUCAGACAAGGGAAGCGAGAAGGACGUGGCUGUCUCCCCAAUCUCUGGCCAACAGCAUAUCUACAAUGUUGAUUAUUUCAGUAAGAAUGAAACAAUGGGCUCACCAAGGCGGCAGGGGGACUUCAGCCAUAGGAAUGGCACUUCCUCCAUCAAAACCAGCAAAGGCAAUACAGGCACCACUAUGAUAUUUGGCAGGCCAGACCAUGUUCAAGGUGGAACAGGGUGGGCCAUGGAUGGAGGUGUGGCACCAAUAUGUGCCUACCGGGUGAUGGAGGAGGGAAUCGGGGGGCGGCUGUGUUUUCGACACACACAGCUGGGGUUCAGGUGUCAUCGUGGAGAUUGCCGGACUGUUCCAUCAGCAGGAGGGUCCCUGGUGGCCAACAUUUUGACCAACGGCAGCGUGCUACUACAGUGGACAUAUGAAGAUCUGAGGGGAGAGGCUCAAAGGACAAAUAAAGGAAACACAGCUGGACAUGACCUAGAUAAACAAGAGACAGAGCCUAGAGGAACAAGUGUAGAGGGACAGAAAGGGGCCCCUGGGACAGGGCUUGGGGAAGAGAGCAGGUUUGUAACUGCCCCACCAAAGAGGGUAUUCGGUGGACGACGUGUCAGAAGGGGUGGGUUUGGGCUAAGCUGCUGGUGGAACGGGAGCUACACCCAGUUUGAGUGCGCUAACACCCAUCUUGGCUCUGGUUGCAGGGACUUCUUGCUGACUGAGCUUCAUGAGAACGUCCCUUACCGCAUCUGCCUGCAUCCGCUUGCCUCCACCCUGACACCACAGCUCCACUCAGAAGGAGCAGGCCAGAGGGAGGACUUGUGGAACUGUGUGGAGUUCACUGUCUCACCCUUGGGCAUGCAGGACAUUGUGAUUGCCAUGACAACGGUGGGAGGAGCCAUCUGUGUGAUGCUGGUCAUCAUCUGCCUGCUGGUGGCGUACAUCACUGAGAACAUCAUGAGCCCCAUGACACAGCACUCACACUCCACAUACCACUCUUACCACUAA